GCAAGCGAGAAAGAUAGUGGACAGAAAUGGCGGUGACGGCGGCGCGAGCAGCAUGAAGUGCUGAUGCGUUACAUGGAUCGAAACGACCGACUGACAGGACAACGUUGGAAAAAUGACAAUGGCGUCGAAGUAGGACACCGUUUGUGACGGUCAUUUCACAGCUACAACACCUCCCCGGGAGAGUUUUCGUGUUGCCAGCGGAGGAGAGAGAGAACCUCACCGGGAGCAUGGCUGCUCACAGUAACCAGUACAUCUUCGGGGAAUUCACCCCUGAUGAGAUCAACCAGUUUUUUGUGACUCCACGAUGUUAUGUUGAGCUUCCUCCCUUCAAUGACAAAGUCCCAUGCGUCAGUCAGUCUUCUGGAAGUUACUGCACUCCUGCUGUACCUUAUAUUAUGGAGUCUAUGGGACUGCAGGUUUGCGCAGAAGACUAUCAACGCAUUGAGUUUGGCGUUGAUGAGGUGAUGGAUUCCAAGCCUAUUGGGGUGAAUGAUCCUUUGUACAAGGUUUCGAGCACCCUCAAUCCCCAGGCUCCAGAGUUCAUCCUGGGCUGCCAGUCGGCCCAGAAAGCCCAACAGACACUUCCUUCAGCAUCUGAUGACCCAGACGACACCCACUUCAACUCAUUGGAUGGCCCUGACUCCGAGGCCUCGGCCCUGGACAAUCACCAGGCAUGCCAGGACAUGGACGGACUUCCUGGUAGCCUGGGACAACGUGAGAAGAAGAAAAAGAAAAAGCGACCGCCGGGGUAUUAUAAUUACCUGGACCCGUCAACUGGCAACAGCAGCAGUGCAGUGGAAGGGGGGGCCGUAACGGCACUGGUGAACGGACAUGCACUCGGUGGCCCACAUAACAGUGCUGAGGAUAUGGACAGUAAGGGAUUGACAGGGGCUGAACUUUCCACCCCUGGACCUGUCUCCACAGCACCAUCAACAGCUGCUGCCAAGUUUCCCCCCCCAUCCACUGCCAAUCAGAGGACUUGUGAUAGCCCUGAUGAUUCUUCUUUGGACUUUACGAGUGGAGCUGCCUCUUUAUCGGAUGGCAACAAUACAAAUUCCUCCUGUUCAUCCUCCUCUCAAAGCAGAGGGAUGACGGAAGGAGCCCGGACUGGAGAUCAGCAGCCAGAUCACUUAGCUACGCAAAGCCCCAAACUUUCAGAUACUCCACACAGCCCCCGCUCAAAGUCACCUCUUCCUCCUUCAACUGCUGUGGCCACCCCCCCUGUUGCCACUUCCAUUACGACUACUGAACUGGAGGGAGGGGAGGUAGCAGACAGUGGGGUGGCCAACGGGCUCGCAGAGCCUGAAACUCUCCUUAGUGCAGAUGGACAAAAAGAAGACUGUGAGAGCAGGGAGCAGCUUCAGCUGGUCUCCCCAGACUCUGCUGCCCAGACAGCAGUUGGAGACCAGGCCCAUUCGCCUGUGAUUCCAGCUGCUCCUCCUGCCAACCUCCCCAAGUCCUGGGCCAGCCUCUUCCACAACUCUAAGCCUCUUCCCGGGGGCCCCCAGGCCUUUGUGGAAGUAAAAAAUGUUGUAGAAGUUGUGGCUCCUGUCCCUGCCACACCAGAGCAGCCCGAGAAAGUCGGGGAGGUCAGAGAGGGCCCUGUCCAUGUAUCAGAGGAUCCCAUGGCCCCUAAACUUGCAGAACUUAUUGAGAAUGUGAAGUUGAUACAUAAACCAGUGUCUUUGCAGCCGAGAGGACUGAUCAACAAGGGAAACUGGUGCUAUAUCAAUGCUACCCUACAGGCCCUGAUCGCAUGCCCUCCCAUGUAUCACCUGAUGAAGUCCAUUCCUCUGCACGAUGAAACGCAGAGAUCAUGCACCUCCACUCCCAUGAUCGACAACUUUGUGAGGCUGGUGAAUGAGUUUAACAACAUGCCAGUGCCAUCGAAGGCCAAACAGCAAGUUGUCGGUGAUAAGGUUGUGAAAGACAUUCGGCCUGGUGUUCCCUUUGAACCGACUUACAUUUACAAACUCCUCACUCUCAUCAAGUCAAGUCUUUCUGAGAAGAUGCUGUGCUUUCAGGGCCGACAGGAAGAUGCAGAGGAGUAUCUUGGCUUCACUCUCAACGGACUGCACGAAGAGAUGCUGGCAUUGAAAAAACUUAUCUCACCUCAGGAAGAGAAAGCUUCAACACCCAAUGGGCCUGAGUCUCAUGCAGCGGUGGAAGAGGAUGUUGCUGAUAAGGACGAAGAGGGCAGUGAGGAUGAGUGGGAGCAAGUGGGUCCCCGAAACAAGACUUCCAUCACGCGCCAAGCUGACUUUGUCCGCACGCCCAUCACUGAUAUCUUUGGUGGUCACAUCAGAUCUGUGGUUUAUCAACAAAACUCUAAAGAGUCGGCCACUCUGCAGCCUUUCUUCACCCUGCAGCUCGACAUCCAGUCAGAGAAGAUCCGCACUGUGCAGGAGGCUCUGGAAACUUUGGUGGCACGGGAGUCGGUCCAGGGCUACACCUCUAAAACUAAGCAGGAGAUUGAGAUCAGUCGGAGAGUGACUCUGGAAGAGCUGCCUCCCGUGCUCGUCCUUCACCUGAAGAGAUUUGUGUUUGAAAAGACUGGAGGCUGCCAGAAACUCACCAAGAACAUCGAUUACCCCGUUGACCUGGAAAUCAGCAAAGAUCUCUUGUCCUCUGGAGUGCGGAGCAAAGUUUUGAAAGGCCAAAGAACUUACAGGCUCUUUGCAGUUGUCUAUCACCAUGGAAACAGUGCGACAGGCGGUCAUUACACCACGGAUGUCUUCCAUAUUGGUCUGAACGGCUGGCUGCGCAUUGACGACCAGACGGUCAAGGUCAUCAACCAGUACCAGGUGGUGAAGCAGACUGCAGAACGCACUGCCUACCUGCUGUACUACCGCCGCAUCGACCUGCUGUAGACACGCACGCACACACACACACACACACACGCA